UCGCCUCGGCUGGUUCAUCAAAGGUUCCGCUUCCUCUCGGCGAGCUUCCUCCCCGAACCGAGCUGGACGUACCCGGGGAGAGAGGAACUCAAGUAAAGGGCUGAGUUUAUAAAACUACAUUUAUAUACUUUUCCUCCCUCGCAGAGUUGUGGGACUAGUUUUGAAACCGCAGCGUCAAAUCUGGGCUGGAAUAACAACAGUAGGAGCGUGAGUGAGUUUUCUCUGCUCCACCGGUGAACGUGUGUGUAGAUGUGUGACAGCGGAGUUUGUCAGGACAAGCCCCCCGCCCCCCCUGUCAGGAUGAGCAGCCAAGGAGGAGCCAAGGACAGCCAGUCAAACAAUCACAACUCUCGGCCGCUGCCGUCGGUACCCGAGGAAAGGAAGUCCAAAAACAAGAUCAAGUCCAUGUUUGUCUCAGAGAAAGGAGGCAGAAAGAAAGACAAAGAUAAGGACAGGCCUGAGAUCUCCUCUCCUUCCGACUUCGAACACACCAUCCAUGUGGGUUUUGACGCCGUUACCGGAGAGUUUACUGGCAUGCCGGAGCAGUGGGCCCGGCUCCUUCAGACCUCCAACAUCAGUAAAUCGGAGCAGAAACAGAACCCUCAGGCCGUCCUCGACAUUCUCAAGUUCUACGACUCCACCAGUGGAAAACAGAAAUACCUCAGUGUUUCCGCCUCAGAUAAAGACCAGUCACCGGGUACUGCUACUUCUCCAUCUGGUAAAGAUGCAGACGAUGAGGAUGAUGAUGACACACCACCUCCAGUUGUGGCACCACGGCCCGAACACACAAAAUCAGUAUAUACGAGGUCGGUUAUUGACCCACUGCCACCUCCAGAGGUGGACAGUUCCAAGGCGGCAGACAAGAAGAAAAACAAGGGAGGAAAGAUGACCGAUGAGGAGAUCAUGGAGAAACUAAGGAGCAUUGUCAGUAUUGGAGAUCCCAAGAAAAAAUACACCCGCUAUGAAAAGAUUGGCCAAGGGGCGUCCGGCACCGUUUACACAGCCAUAGAUGUCGCCACAGGACAAGAAGUGGCCAUCAAACAGAUCAACUUGCAGAAGCAGCCGAAGAAAGAGCUGAUCAUCAACGAGAUCCUGGUCAUGAAGGAGCUGAAGAACCCCAACAUCGUCAACUUCGUGGACAGUUUCCUUGUUGGUGAUGAGCUUUAUGUGGUGAUGGAGUACCUCGCCGGUGGAUCUCUAACCGACGUUGUGACGGAGACGUGCAUGGACGAGGCUCAGAUCGGUGCCGUCUGCAGAGAGGUCCUUCAGGCUCUGGAGUUUCUCCAUGCCAACCAGGUCAUCCACAGAGACAUCAAGAGUGACAACGUGCUCCUGGGGAUGGAUGGAUCAGUCAAACUCACUGACUUCGGGUUCUGUGCUCAGAUCACCCCUGAGCAGAGCAAGCGCAGCACCAUGGUGGGGACUCCGUACUGGAUGGCCCCAGAGGUGGUGACCAGGAAAGCCUACGGACCCAAAGUGGACAUCUGGUCUCUGGGGAUCAUGGCCAUAGAGAUGGUGGAGGGAGAGCCUCCGUAUCUGAACGAGAAUCCUCUCAGGGCUUUGUAUCUGAUCGCCACCAACGGGACUCCUGAGCUCCAGAGCCCCGAGAAGCUGUCUCCCGUCUUCAAGGACUUCCUGUCUCGCUGUCUGGAGAUGGACGUGGAGAAACGAGGUUCAGGGAGAGAACUGCUGCAGCAUCCGUUCCUGAAGCUGGCCAAACCUCUUUCCAGCCUCACUCCUCUCAUCCUGGCGGCCAAGGAGGCCAUGAAGAGCAACCGCUAAAUCCCAGUCUCCAGGGGCUAAAUCCCAGUCUCCAGGGGCUAAAUCCCAGUCUCCAGGGGCUAAAUCCCAGUCUCCAGGGGCUAAAUCCCAGUCUCCAGGGGCUAAAUCCCAGUCUCCAGGGGUGAAAUCCCAGUCUCCAGGGGCUAAAUCCCAGUCUCCAGGGAUAUAACUCCCAGUCUCCAGGGAUAUAACUCCCAGUCUCCAGGGAUAUAACUCCCAGUCUCCAGGGAUAUAACUCCCAGUCUCCAGGGAUAUAACUCCCAGUCUCCAGGGAUAUAACUCCCAGUCUCCAGGGAUAUAACUCCCAGUCUCCAGGGAUAUAACUCCCAGUCUCCAGGGAUAUAGAUCCCAGUCUCCAAGGACUUAAUCCCUGUCUCCGAGGACUAAACUCCAGUCUCUUGAGGACUGUAGGAACAUUCCGGUCUACAUCUCAUGACUCCUUGCUAGUUUGUUUUUAGUUUUUCUACUUAUGAAAUGCUGCUCCAUCCUUCCAAGUGUCCUUGUUCUGAUAACUUUAUCCGUCUUCCUUUGUGCCUUGUUCCAAAGCUACACUCAGCCAAAGUGGGUUCUGUUUGUUGCAACCACAGUUUUCGUGUGUUGUGACGCAUCAGGGAUGCAGGGAUGCAGGGAUGCACUGCUGUCUUAGACACAUUGCACAUCAAAAGCCACAUUUAAAAAGAAUACACUUGUUGUCAUUUGUUAUUGCUAAAAUAUGUUGGACUUUUAGAGCUAAAGUGUAAAUCUAAACGAGGGAACACUUUAGGAAACUUGUCUUUAAGUUCCAGGGAUCGGUCCGACUCAUUUUCAAGCCCGUCUGUGGUUACGUGUGUCAACUUCAAUGGGUUUGAAUAUGUUGUGGAAAGUUGGGGGGUGCUAACAUUGGGCUGGACUGUGACCUGAAUCUGACUGAAAAUCAGAUAAUUUCAGUAAAUGGCAGCAUUUAAAAGUAGUUUUUUUUCUUUUUAGUCUCUCUUUUAAUUCGUAUCUGGAAUUUCUCAUUAUUUUUCUAUUGAUAAAUGAAAAUCUCUGGAUAAUAUGUGUGUCUGAACCCCUCAGACAUCAAAAUGGUGGUGGACGUCAUACACCUCUAUAAAUCUCUCCAUGGAGACGCCACAUAUGCAAACUCAUCUGUUUUUACUGCAUGAUCUUUUUUUUUUCCUUUUUCCUUUUAAAGCCAAAGGGAUACAUUCUGGGAUAAACGCUGGUUUAUCCCAGAGACGAGGUCUGUCUUGCUUGUCCUGUUCGUCUCAGCGGUAGACUCCUUGUUGUUGGUCUUUUAGUUUUGUAAAAAAAAUUUGUUGUAUGAAAUUGUUCUAAACUGGAGGAAGCAGUUUUGUAGUUUUUUGUAUAUUGUGAGAUGUCCUGUACUUUCAAACAGCCGAUAAUAUGUAUGGUUGUUUUAAUAUUUGUAACUAACACAGUGGGAGACAGUUUUUAAUAUUUUACUUGAUUUUUAUUUUUAAAUCAGUGUACGUCUGUGUACUGAUUGGUCUUCGGUUCCCAACAUUGUGCAGUUAUGGACUCAAAACCAUCUAAUGGGCUAAUAAUCUGGAAUCUGCUGAGUGAUUUAACCUGAUUUGAUUAAGGAAACAUUACAAAUCCUUUUUCCAAUAAAAGCACUUCUCAGCUUGGGAUCAAACCGGAAACCUAGAUGAAACACGAUCCUCCGGCGGCCAGAGUUGGAUGAGGUUUUCUUUAUUAUUUCAUGAAAACAAUUUCAAUCAUUGAAUACGACUUGAAGUAUUUACAACCCUGAAUCAGAAAAGAUGAGACUGUAAGAAUCCAAAUAAUAAAAGAAAUCCCUGAUUCUAA